AUGCCGAUAUCAAAGCUGACCAAGUGCCCAGAUAUACCAAAAGCCCAUACAGACUUCUACAACUUUCCUGCCAACGCCUCUGUCCGCACCUCCAUCCUCAGCACCAUAUCCCUUCCAUCAUCAAACCAAAACGCUGGUAAAGCUCGUGCUUCUUUUGUCUUCAACGCUCUGAGAGAAGAGUCGACAGGGAAGGUGGUGGGGAUGGUGUUUUAUUGGUAUGAUCUGUCGCCUGAGUACUGGGGUAGGGGUUUGGGGAGGAAGAUGGUGCAAGGGGCGUUGGAGUAUGCAAAAUGGGCUGGGCUCACGCAAGUCUGCGCUUUCCAUCAACCCGAAAACAUCGCCUCCGCCGCGCUCCUCGCCAAGAUCGGCUUCAAAAAAACACGCUGA